AUGAAAGUCCUCCUAGUCGGCGCGACCGGCUUCGUCGGCUCCUUCACGCUGCGCCUGCUGCUGGCCGACCCGGCCGUCAGCGCCGUCGUCACCCUCACGCGCUCCGCCCUCAGCGCCUCGCCCUACAUCCACUCGCGCCACCUCGAGUCGCCCAAGCUGAUCGAGAUCGUGCACGCCGCCGCCGCCGCCGACGACGACGACUCCGGGACCUACCCGGCCGCCCUGCUCGACCGCCACCUGCGCGGCGUGCGCGCCUGCCUCUGGUGCGUCGGCGGCCGCCACACGCAGCGCGGGCGCGGGCGCUGGCCCACCGACGCCGACUACGUGCGCGCCAGCGUCGACUUGCCCGUGCGCUACGCCGAGGCGCUGCGGGACCGCGUCGUCGAGGCCGCGGCCGAGGAAGGCGGUGGUGCCGCCCCGUCGUCGCCGCCGCCGCCGCCGCCGCCGUUCAGGUUCGUGUUCUGCAGCGGCCAUGGGGCCGAGUGGGAUCAGGGGAAGAGCCUGUGGGUGAUGGGGCGGACGCGCAAGGUGAAGGGUAUGGCCGAGAAGGCCCUGUUCGAGCUGGCCGAGAAGGAGGGGGGCGGCAAAGGGGCCCGGCGGCGGUUCGAGACGUACAGCGUCAGGCCCUGUGGCAUCUACCAGAAGAAUCCGAGCGUGAAGGAUCUGUUCAUGACGUCGGUCGUGUUGCCGAGUUGUCAUGUGGAAGAGCUGGCGGCCGUCAUGGUCGAGAUCGCUAAGAAUGGGAGCGAGGAGCAGAUUGUGGUGCAUGAGCGGAUCAGGAAGUGGGGAGGAGAGCUUUUGAAACAGACCGGAGAACAGUGA